CUGUAUAGAACCCUCCCUGCACAAUUAACCAAUCAGUGGCUGGUUCUGGCAGACAGGAGUGCACAUAAAAGAAGAACAUUGCAGCAGAGGAGCAGAAGGAGACUGCGAGGAGAACAGGGAAUCGAACGUACGCGGAAAAAAAAAAAAAAAAAAAACACUCAGAAACAGAACUCCCCCCUCCUCUUCCUCAUCAUCCUCCUCCUCCUCCCAUCCUUGGACACACCCUGCCGAGGCUCACUGCUUCUCCGCUCUACUAUUUUUUUUUUAUUAUCGUCCUCCAUCGCAGAGAGAACGCACCUCUCUUCCUCCUCCAUCGUCCUGCAAAGAAAUCCCUUCUAUUCCUCUUUUCAUCCUAUAGAGGACCCCCAUACAACCUUCAAAGGCUGAGACACCCCUCCGUCAAGCCCCAGUUUGUAUUUUUUUAUCUUUUUUUUUCUUUUCAUUUUUGGAACUCCAGCAAGGAGCUGUGCAAGCAGAGCACCGAAAGAGAGCUGCCGAGCAUCCGCAGAAAAGGACCUAGAUUUCCUUGUCAGUGCACAUCAAGAAUGGUUACUCAGAUAAUCAGCACCAUGGAAACCCAGGUGUCCAACGGUCCGAGCGGAACAAGUCUGCCCAACGGCCCAGUCAUCAGCACUAACGGCGCCACGGACGACAGCAAAACCAACCUGAUUGUCAACUACCUACCCCAGAACAUGACGCAAGAGGAGUUCAAGAGCUUGUUCGGUAGCAUCGGAGAGAUCGAGUCCUGCAAACUGGUUAGGGACAAGAUAACAGGUCAGAGUUUGGGGUACGGCUUUGUGAACUAUGUGGAUCCAAAUGACGCGGAUAAGGCCAUCAACACGCUCAAUGGUCUCAAACUACAGACCAAAACAAUCAAGGUAUCAUACGCCAGGCCAAGUUCGGCCUCUAUUCGUGAUGCAAAUCUUUACGUCAGUGGACUCCCCAAGACCAUGAGCCAGAAGGACAUGGAACAGCUCUUCUCCCAAUAUGGUCGCAUUAUCACAUCUCGUAUCUUAGUGGACCAAGUUACAGCAGGCAUAUCACGUGGAGUGGGCUUCAUCCGGUUUGACAAACGAAACGAAGCGGAGGAGGCUAUCAAGGGUCUGAACGGACAGAAGCCUCUGGGCGCAGCCGAGCCCAUCACCGUCAAGUUUGCCAACAACCCGAGCCAGAAGACGGGCCAGGCGUUGCUGACUCAGCUGUAUCAGACCGCUGCCCGACGCUACACGGGGCCCCUGCACCACCAGACACAACGUUUCAGCGUGAUCCCUUCUCUCGGAAAGGGACCAGAUCCAAAUAACAGCUCAAAACCAAUACUCGACAAUUUACUAAACGCCAGCUACGGAGUCAAGAGUUCUCCUACUCUCUUUCCCAGAUUCUCCCCAAUCACCAUUGACAGCAUGACCAGCCUUGCCGGCGUCAACCUCACCGGUCCCACCGGAGCCGGCUGGUGCAUCUUCGUGUACAACUUGUCACCAGAGGCGGACGAGAGCGUCCUGUGGCAGCUCUUUGGGCCGUUUGGUGCAGUCACCAACGUAAAGGUCAUCCGUGACUUUACCACCAACAAAUGUAAGGGCUUCGGUUUUGUUACCAUGACCAACUACGACGAGGCGGCCAUGGCCAUCGCGAGCCUUAAUGGCUACCGCCUGGGCGACCGCGUGCUGCAGGUUUCCUUCAAGACCAGCAAGCAGCACAAGGCCUGAGGGAGGGGCCAUUAGCGCCAGCACCUUUGACCUGCACGGGGGGCUGUUUCAGCCCCUCGUGCCAUCACUUUAUGUAUGGGCCUGGACUGAGUCUCUCUCUGACGCUUUCGCACACAAAUCCACAUUAUAUAAUCGCAAAAUACACACAUACGCGCAAAUACACUUAUUGACACACAUUACCAAACUUAUCCAUAGAUAAGCAUCCACAAGUCAGAGUUAAAAACAAACACACUAGUGGAGUUUUUCUGUUCUCUUUCCACAACAAGAUAGUCCUUUCCUGUCUUUGCCUGGAUUGAAUUAGAAGGGGUACGUAGCUGGUCUGUUGGGUAUGGGGUUAAGAGCUAUCUAUCUAGGAGACAGUCUAACGAAUGUGACAAAGAAUGUGUACUGAGUGCUUUGAUUGAAUUCAGGCAAAUGAUGAACAAAAGAAAGAAAAAAAAAAAACGAUCAAAAUUUUUAAUGAAUAUGUGCAAUUUACCUAAAACUUUUACCCCAAUCAUCUCUGCCAGUAUCACACUGGAUAGGAUGUUGUCACUUUUUUUUUUUUUUUUUUUUUUUUAAUUCUUGUUAUUUUUUUAUUUAUUUUAUUUUUACACUUGGGCAUUUUGAAUCAGUGACUUUUUUAAGAUCCAAGAAAAUUAAAACAGUGUUCUCUUAUAUACGUCUAUCGAAAAUAUAACUAUAUAUUCAAUAUAUAAGGUGGUAAUAAUAGCCGAAUAUGUAAGCAUUUUCUAAAACCUUGACUACUGUUUCCUGACCUGCUUUGGGCAGUGCUGAGAGUAAAGGCAGUUUCUCUACCCCAUGUGAGCAUGUUUGCUCCGACCCAAGGCCAUUUAAGUGAAUUUGCGAAUCCGGGACAUGGAAUUAUAAUCUAGUGAAAAGGCCAUAAUACACGGUCCCCAAACCCACAAUGUCACUUCAAACAACAAGAUAGUACAGUAUACUUAACAGAGGUCCACUAGAGUCAAAUGAUUACUAAUACAUCGUCAGGGUCGAGUAAACAGAAGCAGAAUGUGAACUAAAAACUGAGUAGCGAGGGGAUAAAUUAGGAACAAUCUGAUGGGUUUGGGAUUGAUUGUCAGCGCAUCAAAAAAAAAAAAAAAAAAAAAAAAAAAAAAAAAAAAAAGCUUGUUUUUUUGUGCUUUUUUAAAUCACUUUACCGGCAUCAGUGCAUAAUUUGCCAUGAGAUGCUUCAGGCGACUAAAACCUAAAAUAACAAAUCACGUAUUUGACACCAUGUUUUUUGCUGGCACGUUACUACACUGAGGCAGCGCAUGUGGUCAAUCUGACAAGGUAAUAUAUGAAGUUAAAUCAGAAAAGAUUGACUGACUAAUAAUUUGGCAGGGCUACAGAGAGCUACACAUCAAGGGAGUUGGUAUUAUUCAUCAGUCUCGUCCCCAGGGAGAAUCCUCCAGAAUAACAAAAUUUAGACUACUCAGUUAAAAACAGCAAGUGAGAACUGCCGCUCUAAAUAAAAAGACUAAACGCGGAUUGCGAGUGUUGUUAAACAGACUAUCCCUCAUUGAGAAAGAUUUGUCAUCCUUGAAGCUUUGCUCGAUGCUUUUCGGUUUUAUUCCUGAACCUUCUAUCAAAUGACUCUGCAGCUUCCCAAAUGCCGCUGAACUUCCGCCCUCACAAAAAACACCUAAACAACAUCAAGAUGACAAAUAAAUGUCAUACUUGUGCUUCUGUCUACAACAGAAGAUGGUAUUCGGUUGUUUGCUUCGUUAUUCUCGAAUAAUCUCCGCCCAGUGUCGUUGAAUUUGCUAACGGUCCCCUUGAUAGAACGUUAAGGCCGACACGUCUACUCUGAAGUGUCUGUCACAGAGCAGACGUGAGCUCUACCAUGGGGAGGAGCUAAUGUCUUUCGAUAUCUGCACAUGAUCAUAGAUUAAAUAGGGUCAACUAUAUUCAAGACAUGUUUGCUUUUUGCUUUUCUAAAUGACGCUGUGCUAGCCAAAGAGGACGAUCUCUUUGAAAGGAUUACAUUAGAGAUAAAUCUAUUUUUAUACAUACAAAGGAACAAGACCUUGUGCUGAAUUUUUACAGAUUCUUAAGCUUGGGGAAAAAAUUGGGACAUCGCAUGGUUUUAUUUGAAACCCUCUGAUGUUUGCAGCAUGAGAGGGAGGGGAAAUGAGCAUGCGGUGUAAGGGUGGGGAUCUAGGGAAGGGGGCAAAGGAGCACAUCAAUUUAAAUCGCUCGACCGUGACUACCGCUUUGGAGAUGAACUUGACAGUUAAGUAAAAAAAAAAAAAAAACAGAACAGAAUCGGACGGGAAAAAAAUAGGUCAAGCAGAACCGUUAGUGGUAUGACACACACAUUUUUACUUUGGAGUGCUCAGACACUAUUGUGCUGAACUCGUGUACAGUGUUGCUUCGUGUUGGCUCUUUAACUCGUGAUUCCCAGAUGAAAAAAGGGGGUGCGUUGAGACCAUCUCAUUGCUCGGCUGAUAAACUGAAUCGCUGCUCGCAACGCAGAAAGAAAAGGACACGCGCAAAUUUGAAAUGACAAUGCGGCCUUGUGGUGAACACUGAGCACGAUUCCCUAGAUAGAUUUGAUUUUUUUUUUUGCCAAAGAGUUUGCUUUUGCAAGUCAGUGGAACGAACACAUCACCCCCCGUCCCGAUUAAUUGCGGUACAAAUCUGUUAUUUAUGACGUCUUUAGGACCACCUCUGUAAUUUCACUUCUUAAUUAUCAGCAUCUCCGCUGCGCAUAUCAUUUUUUGAAUCCUAAAACACAUCACAGCAGCGAGCAAAUCCUAUUUGCACACAUUUCACACAGACGCUAACUGCUAAAAAGGCAUAUCAGAAACAAGCCGUGAAUCAUAUCACCUCUCGAUAUAUGGAAGCAUUGGAUGCAGCACACCUCCCCCAACAUUUUGAUGAUCUUCUUUGUCUGAAAACUGAUUUGGUCCAUAAAAUCACUGCACCACUGCAAAUACUUAAUCUACCAUCCGUCGAUCUUACCGCCGUUGCUUAACAAGACUAAUAUGGCUAUUUUCGGUCGGGCGUUAGCGCCCAAAUACAGAGUUUGUUGAGCGAUAUUAGGGAGGCCGAGAUUGGGGACAUCCAAUGUAUUGCAGUACACCCACAAAGCCUGGAAUGGUCUUCUAUAGGCAGUCUACUUAUGAUGUACAGGAAAGAGCCGAGGAACAGGAAAGAGCACCAAACACACAUGCGCAUACACACACAAAACACAAACACCACUCGAGCGACAACAAUAAUCACGUUAAAAAAAGACAAAAAAACUUUCCUAUGGAACAGUAAGUGCAAUGUGCUUUGUUUUUAUAUUGACUGAGAACAAAUAAUAUAUAUUUUUAAAAAAAGAAAUUAAACGUCACACUGAAAAAGGUUUGCAGAAUAACAAAAGGAACAAACGAACAAAACGAGUCCAGAUGACUGACGGCGCUCGGACAAGCCGGCUCGUUAGGAGGAAUCAAACAAGAGAUCUGAUCGGUCAAAUUUCCAUAAUUACCUCCUCAGCCCCCUUACGUGCUCUGACCACGCAAGCUCAAACGCUCCGACCGAACAGAGCAAUCCUCAGUGACCUUGAAAGGAAUACUGUCUAAUAGCUCAUCAGUUUUUUAGCCCAUGUUGACUGAAUAUCUUUUUUUUUUCCUCUUGUAAUUUAUUGAUUUUAAUUGCAUAUCAGGACUCACUUGUUAAAUGAGUGUAUUUGUGUUGUUGAUGUUUCCAUAGAGAACACACAUAUGGGUCAAGAUUAUGUUCGGUUGCAUUGAUUGGGUACGGUUUGUUCUUUUUUCCUCCAUUAUCUGAUUAGUUGCAGUUUUUAAAGUGUAUGCCGAUUUUAGACUUAGUUAGAUUAUUUUUGUUCAAACUGUGUUCGAUUGUGUUUGUAAAAGUCUGUGGUAGCUUUUGUUGCAACAUAAAAAUAAUUUAAACAGAAAAAAUUCAAAAUAGCGCCAACAAACUUGUAUUAUUUGGGCGACUUUAAGCUUGUAGUUUUAACUUAUUGUUAACUUAAAAACUAUUUAUUAUGAUUAUUAUUAUUGCCUCGUAUAAAGUAUGUUUUGUGUAUAUUUAUGGUUUAUUUUGUUAUAUUUGCAAGGUAAAAGAUUUUUAAGUUUUUUGCCAAAAUUGUGGUUACACCAUUUUGUUUCUUGGGGAAAAAAAAACAGGGGGACAACUAGAAAAACAGCUUUAGAAGUUCGAUUUGGAAAACGUUCUCCAUAGUCAAAGAAUGCACUGCUAUAUUUAACUAAUUGAAGUGUAUAAACAUACAUGCUGUGUGGUAGAUGUUAUGCCUUUACUGCCUGUGUUCUGUUUGUCUUGUUCAAUGAAAAUCUUUUAAUUAUUUAACCUAAUCACUGUCUUGUUUUUUCAACCGCUCAGACAGCCCCUGAGACACGGGACAACCCCCCCUCCGGCCCUUUCAAUUUGGGCAUGAAUCCAGACGGAGGGGCAGGGUUGUCCCUCACAAGAUGCUUUCCUGUUAACGCUUCUCGGAAGAAAAAAAAUUAAAAAAAGAUUUAUUUCUAAAGUGCAUCUAUGUCAAUCUGUGCAAGCAGAAUGUUUGUUUUGGGCCAAAAAUGAGCAGGGUAGCGAGUAAAGCGCUUGCUUAAAGUUGAUAAAUGAAAAGCAGCAGGAAGGUCUUGUUGUUGAAAGGGGCGAGUGGUUCUUCAGUUUCUCAACCAACUGUAUUUUGUGUCUAUUUAUUUAGAAGAGGGGAUGCAGUAUAUUAUUAUUAGUGAUGUUUUUCUUACAUUUUUCCUGGAACGGUAGAACAAAAUUUUAAAAAAUGAAUAAAAAGGUGAAAACGAUCAAAGUAGUGGAUUACAAACAUUCAUACAUACUUCCAGACAUGACCAAAUGAGCAAUGAGAAACAAACCAACAAAAAAUACAAAUAAAACCUUUCAGUUUAGUCUAGGAUAUUUACUACUGGGAUUUCAGCUGAAGACGCUUGAAGACUUUUUCAUGGAAUUGUUUAAUUAUUUGUACUUUACAUGCCGAGAAAAAAAAAUAAAAGUUACAAAUAUGAGUGGGGCCCUAUUUUGUUGAACAAAUACACAACACUUUCAUUUCCCUGAUCACAACAAAGUGCCGCCAUUUCACUAUUAGUGGCGGAAGACAUCCAAUCCUGUCAAAAUGGAUUGGACGUCUUGUACCAUGGCAAGCCAGCUUGACUUUCGCCAUGGCAAGCCAGCCUGACUUUCACCAUGUACAAGAUACAUGGCAAAUCAGAAUGGUCUUGUUCUGGAUUUUCAAAAUUGAUGCAAGAGGUGGAUCUACCAAGGACAAACUGAAUCUGAAGGAACCAAUCAUAGACGCACGGAUGCUACACGAACAAAAUGCGACACAUCCUGUCCGUGCAGAGCCAUGUUUGAGCUGCGACACUGAUCUCGCCACAGGAGGUCACAUGGUUCAUUUAGGCGUGAAUAGUUACAAGCACAAGCAGUGCUGUAAUGGUUUUGUAUGGGGGAAAAUGGAUAAAAUUAAGUAUCUUAAGUUUUUGUUUGAUUAUGUCAUUGCAGUACAAAAUAUUUGUAAUUGCUAGUUUUACAUUUGGAAUGGCAAGGUGACAACUACUGUUUUUUUCCCCCCAGAGAAUGUCUUUGAUUCUCUUACCUGUGGUAGUACAUUAAAGAUCAUGUAUAACAAUAACUCGUUCCACUUUAAAAAACAAAAUCAUGCUUAUCAUUGGACAGUCGCUGAAAUAUGUGUCAUGGGUCACUGUUUACACCUAACAUUUUAUAAAUCAGUGAGCUGUGAUGGUUAGUUGUGCAGCAUUAGGACAAAUCGGUCGGAAAAGGCCUAUUGUAUGUAUGGUUUUCCAAACGACCAAGGGCAAAAAGAUGGCAAUGAUCAGCUGUCAAAACAUGAAUAUGAAAAGCUUUGUUGUGCUUUUUGCUGUUUGAAAGGGGGCUCAGUGGCCACAGCCAGCAGUCACCAUUGCAGCAGGCACCAGCAGCUGUCCCCAGCACAAGCAGCAGCAUGAUGUGCAUGAUGAAAAUAACGUCUGACCUAAAAAAAUAU